AUGACUCGUUCAACAUCGUCACUUGGUCUUUCAAAAACUUAUCGAAAGUCUACAAAAUCUUCAAAAUCCUCAAAUUCUUCAAGUCCUCCAAGAUGUAUAAGUCCAAAAUCAUUAAAAUCACCUAAUUCUUCACUUUAUAAUAUAAAUCCUAUAGAUCGUGAUUUAAAUGAUAUACUCAGAAAUUUUGUUGAUGAAUUAUGUGAAAUUUUUGUAAAAGCAAGACAAGAUGGAAAAAAUGAAGCUCAAUCAGUUGAUAUUAUUUUAAACUUUUUUUCAUUAAAAAAUCAAGAUUUUGGUCAAAUAUUUGUUUGGCUUUUAAAUAAUACUCAUAAAGAUAAGUAUAGAACUAUUUUAGGAUAUUUUUAUGAUCAAGGUAUUGCAACAAAUAGAAAUCAAAGAAAAGCCUAUUGUUUAUAUUUAUCAGCUGGUAAAAAAGUUGCACAGCGACGUGUUCAAAGUCUUUUAAAUUUAAUGGCUCAUGGGCCUCAUGUAGAUGACUCUUUAUCAUCUAAAGGUGCUGAUAUGA